GCAGGGAGAGAUACCUUAUACGAAAACUAUUCAAUUCCGAAAAUUAAAAACAGCCAGCUGCCAUCAAAUACCGUGGGUCCUUUUUUCAAACUUCAGCUGUAAUUUAGUUGGGAGGUUGCAAUGGCACUCUAAACUUGCAAAUGAUGAGUUGACCUUGGAAUCCUGCUUAUAUAAAGCCGGACAAUUCCAUGCAAGGCGGGUAUCUGGUUACAAAUGAAGUUAUUGAUUGUUUAUGGCGGACUUGUGCAGGAAUGGAGCGGAGAAAGAGGCACCAGGAGAAAGAGAAACUUGCGACGACGGAGUUGCCGAAAGAGAAGUGUUGGCAUCUCAAACUUGAGGAUCAGCUUCUUGGGCCCCACUCCAGGGUGUGUGUGGGGGGGUCCGGUUCUUUCUGCCGCCGCCCGGAAGAUUCUCAGCUAACCCUUCCCCCGCCGAGACCAAGAGGCCCUCACUCUGUGACCACUCCCAGUGCCAGGCUACAUUCAGGAACUGACUAGCCGGAGCGAUCCGACCACCUCCCCAGACCUGCCCACCCCCUGCUGUGAAUCCCUGAGGUUCUUGCCUGGAGAAGGUCCCCUUAAAUUAGGAAACUAUAGCUAUUUAAAAAGAAGCGCAAAAUAACCCGCGCUCUGCACGCCCAAGCGUGGCAUUCUAGGGAGCUCCCCGCGGGCAAGGAACUCUGUUGCUCCCCUCAGCUGGGGUGGAGAAGAGGGAGCCUGCGUGCUGGGGCCGGGGCGUUGGGAACUUGGGGCAACCCACCUCUAGGGCCCCGCCCCCGCUUUCCCGCCUGCCGGGGAAUACCAAAUGGGGAACCACCCACCUCCCUGAGGCAGAUUUGGGAGGGGAGGGGUCCAGAAGCGGUAGAGUGGGGGUGCAGAGCGUCAGAUUCUGCCGCUCGGAAGUCAGUCGGGGGCAAUUCCCAGCUCCGCCUCAGGCCCCCGCGUUCGCAGCGCGCUCAGUUGAGGGCGCGGGCCUGGCGCGCGGUGUCAACGCCACGAAGUCAUUUGCUUGCCCUGAAGGAGCCGGCCCUCGACCCAUUGGAGGGUGGAGAUUCCUCGCAUUCCCUCCUCCCUCUCCCGCGGGUCGGCGAAGAGACGUGGAAUUGAGCUGGAGUGAAGAUUCCGCGAGCUCUGUAAUUACGCACACACUGAAAUCUUCACCGUUGACUUAAGUUACUUGGCGCUGCGAGAGCUGGGGCCCUGCAUAUUGAUUAAAUGCAGCCUCUAUUUACCUAAAUAAUAAAUGUAGAGAUUAGUAACGUUCACUUGAUCACAAUAAUAGGGUUGACAAUUAAGGGGCAAUGCAUCCCAGAUGUAGCGGAGCCUAUGGGCUGCGUGCGGCGGGCAGAGGGCUUCUCGGAGAGGGGCGCUCCGGCAGUUGCGGCGGCGGAGGUCGUGCAGAGCAGGAAGCGUCGCGGGAGCACAGCGGGAGGCGGAGGGGGACGCCUAGCCUCGUUAAGGUCUUCAGCCACCCGGCCCGGGAGGCUGGAAUCUGGCUUUGGGGGACCUGAAUGUCCCGACUCCCAGGGAGACAUCUGGAGCUCGGAGCCAACCUCCCUGCAGCGAUGGCACCUGCCUCAAGGCCGUCUCGCUUGCUGAUGCCUGCCUGGGAAGGAGGAUGGACGCCGCUGGCAUGUGCCUGGGGUUCUGAAAAGAGGUUCUAGGAAGGAGAGAACUGAAAGGAACUAACUUAGAAAAGAACCCAGGAGUGGAACAUGGAUAAUAAAAGACAGAUGAGCACACCCGGGUGUGUGUGUGAAGUCAUGAUCCAUUUGGAAGGGGUUCCAAGCCCUUGGCUACCAUCGCAUACUGGCUACAAAAGACACACGCAGGUUGCUUCUCUGCUCUUUCCCUCUUCUCUCUGCGCCCCAUUAUCAACCUGGAAGGCUUCCCAUUCCACAUUUAGACGCAAACAAAAGGAUUUGUCCCAGACACUCACGAACAAGCCGGGACGAAGCCCUUUCCCGCCAAACUACGAAGGCCGGGAAAUAAACACAGCCUGCCCAGGCUCUGGGCUUGCGAGCUCGGGAGAGGACUUGGGUGGGAAGAGGAUCUAGAAGAUCGGAAGGAGGGCGGCAGGAAGAGAGGGAGGGAGGGAGGAAGAAGCUUGGAAAGAGAAGAGGGAGGAGGAAAAGGAGGGACCAGCAGGGCAGAGUUGGACCCGGGGUUCUGCUAUAACCGCCCCUCCACGCCCAGGGUCUUUCCAUCCCCUGUCCCCCUCCCGCAUUUCAGAGCUGAAGGCCGACUGUGGAAGAAGGUGGUUAAACAAAGGGAAUCUUCCUCCUCUGGGACGGGUGAAGUGCGUCUGUCCUCUCCUUGCAGGCUCUGGAAAAACUGGCAGGAAUUUCCUUGUUGUGAGAAGAUGGACGAAUGUCUGCAGCCGAGAAGACAACUACAAACAGACUUUGGGCUGUGAAGGCGGGCGGGCGGGGGUGGGGGCGGGGGGCAGCUUUGAUCCCUCCAGCUCUGUUGUAAUUUUGUCUUCGCCAGAUAGAUUAGCUGGAACCGCCAGCCCUAGCAUGGAGUUCUGUUCUGCGGAGUCCCCUCCCUCCCUACCCCCCGCGUCAUCUCGCGCCCGGAGUCGGGUCGCCGCUCCUCCUGAAGUCUCGCUGGAAACUUCUGUGUUCCUGACGUAAUUAGGAGGCCACGCAGCUCUCCAACACUCCGUUAAACAAAUAUGAAGAGCCGCGCUUUGGAACGACCCCGUUGGCCAUGCUGGCGGCGACCUGCAACAAGAUCGGCAACACGAGCCCGCUGACGACGCUGCCGGAGUCGAGCGCCUUCGCCAAAGGCGGCUUUCACCCCUGGAAGCGCUCCUCGUCCAGCUGCAACCUCGGCUCCAGCCUCUCGGGUUUCGCCGUGGCCACCGGGGGCCGUGGCUCCGGCGGCCUGGCGGGCGGCUCGGGCGCAGCCAACAGCGCCUUCUGCCUGGCCUCCACGUCGCCCACGUCGUCCGCCUUCAGCAGCGACUACGGCGGCCUCUUCUCCAACUCGGCGGCGGCCGCGGCGGCGGCGGCCGGGGUGUCCCCGCAGGAGGCGGGUGGCCAGUCGGCCUUCAUCUCCAAGGUGCACACGACGGCGGCCGACGGCCUGUACCCUCGCGUGGGCAUGGCGCACCCGUACGAGUCGUGGUACAAGUCGGGCUUCCACUCGACGCUGGCGGCCGGCGAGGUGACCAACGGCGCGGCGUCGUCGUGGUGGGACGUGCACGGCAGCCCAGGCUCGUGGCUGGAAGUGCAGAACCCCGCUGGGGGGCUCCAGAGCUCGCUGCACUCGGGCGCCCCCCAGGCCUCGCUGCAUUCGCAGCUGGGCACCUACAACCCCGACUUCAGCUCGCUCACGCACUCGGCCUUCAGCUCCACCGGCCUCGGCUCCUCCGCCGCCGCCGCCUCGCACCUGCUCUCCACCAGCCAGCACCUGCUGGCCCAGGACGGCUUCAAGCCGGUGCUGCCCUCCUAUUCGGACUCCAGCGCCGCCGUGGCAGCCGCCGCUGCCAGCGCCAUGAUCUCGGGCGCCGCGGCCGCCGCCGCCGGGGGGAGCUCCGCACGCUCUGCCCGCCGCUACUCAGGCCGCGCCACCUGCGACUGCCCCAACUGCCAGGAGGCAGAGCGGCUGGGCCCGGCCGGGGCGAGCCUGCGGCGCAAGGGGCUGCACAGCUGCCAUAUCCCGGGCUGCGGCAAGGUGUACGGGAAGACGUCGCACCUGAAGGCGCACCUGCGCUGGCACACGGGCGAGCGGCCCUUCGUGUGCAACUGGCUCUUCUGCGGCAAGCGCUUCACGCGCUCGGACGAGCUACAGCGGCACCUGCGGACUCACACGGGCGAGAAGCGCUUCGCUUGUCCGGUGUGCAACAAGCGCUUCAUGCGCAGCGACCACCUGAGCAAACACAUUAAGACGCACAACGGGGGCGGCGGGGGCAAAAAGGGCAGCGACAGUGACACGGACGCCAGCAACCUGGAGACGCCCCGUUCCGAAUCCCCCGACCUCAUCCUGCAUGACUCCGGCGUCAGUGCAGCCCGAGCGGCGGCAGCGGCAGCGGCUGCAGCGGCGGCGGCGGCGGCGGCGGCCUCCGCGGGAGGCAAGGAAGCAGCGUCUGGCCCCAACGACUCUUAGAGGCCGGGCGAGAGGCGUGAGCACGCGAGCGAGUAGAGACACCGAGAACGAACGAGAGGUUCGGAGGGCGAGCGAGCGGGGGACGGGAGGGCAUGGGGCUCCAGUGAUGCCCCCGGGGCCCGGGCUGGGCGCGAGGUGGAGCUGCGCGGGGCUCUGGGGCUGCGGUUCGCCCGCGGUGCCGGGAGCUCUCCUCCGCCUUCGCGCCCAGAUGAGAAUCGAACGCGUGGUCCGAAAACAAAAGCGAACCAUCCUCCGACACAAACACUUUAAAAACUGUACACCCAGACAUAUACAUACACCGGAGACCCUCAACCACAAGCACGCACACUCGCGCGCGCACACACACCACUCGCCCAAACUUCUCGAGCGAACAGCAGCAAUACACAGAAAGGCUCCCUCUUUCCCCACUAUCCAUGUCUCUCCAACACCCUUCUCUUUCCUUUUCUCAAAAACAAGCCACCACCCAGCAAAGGACUGUCAGAACAUUUGAAAACAAACGGGACCGAUAAAAAAAAAAAAAAAAACCCUUUGUGUGGAUUAUAUUAUAUAUAAAAUGCUCCAAGUUCUGCUUGAUAUCUACUUACGAGACUUUUUUUUUUCCUAAAAAAGGAAGCAUCAAAAGGCUUAAGGUGAGAAAUUAAACUGGAAGUCUAGCGACAGUUUCUCUGUAUUUCAUAACAUCUGUAUAAAUAGGGUUCAAA